CUGGGUUUCUAACCACACAAUUGUCUUCAUCGUCCUGUUGUAUAUUUUCUGAUAGAAAAAAAGAAAGAGAACAUCUGUGUCUUCCUAGAGCACUUCAAUCACAGCACUAUAUCCAUGGACAAUUUCUUCAUCUACCUUCCAAUAUUUUUAACUCUCUAUGUGCUAACAAAGCACUUCGUUUCCAAGCUCCAAAACUUGCCACCAUCUCCAUGUCUUUCCCUUCCUAUCAUAGGCCAUCUUUACCUUCUCAAACGACCCCUCCACCGAACUCUCUCACAAAUUUCGAACCAGAAAGGUCCCAUCCUUUAUUUUCACUUCGGAUCUCGUCCUGUCAUUGUAGUCUCAUCACCUUCACUAGCAGAAGAGUGUUUCACCAAAAACGAUAUCGUCUUUGCCAACCGCCCUCGCCUGACUAUUGGGAAACACCUCGGCUACAACUACAAUGGCCUUGCCUGGGCUCCAUACGGCGGUCUCUGGCGCAACCUCAGGCGGGUAUCGGCCAUCUACCUUUUAUCCAACCUUCGUCUACAAACUCUCUCUAGCAUACGUGCUGAUGAGGUGAAGUCGCUGAUUCGCUCUCUCUUGAGUAAACAAAGCCAGAUUGUGAAAAUCAGGACUUCAUUUUUUGAGUUGACCGUGAACAUGAUGAUGAGGUUGCUUGCUGGGAAGCGGUAUUAUGGCGAAACUGUUGCAGAGUCUGAGGAAGUAAAGAUGUUUCGGGAAAUUCAAGAGGAGACCUUUAGCUUGGCUAGCAUGCCUAAUUUUGGAGACUUCAUACCAAUUAUGAAGUGGAUUGGACCCAGAACGGAAAAGAGGAUGGCUGAUUUGCAGAUUAAGAGAGAAAGAUUUAUGCAGAAUAUGGUUGAAGAACAUCGAAAAAGAUUAGCGAGCUUUGAUUCCGACGAAACACAAGGCGGAAACAUGAUUGAUAUUUUGUUGUCGCUGCAAAAAACGGAUCCAGAGUUCUACAAAGACGAGAUGAUUAGAUCCCUUGUGGUGGUUCAACUAUUGGCUGGAACGGAGUCGUCAGUGAAUCCUAUGGAAUGGGCAAUUUCACUCCUGCUUAACCACCCGAAAGUUCUAAAGAAGGCCCAAGCAGAAAUAGACAACAUUGUGGGACAGGAGCGUUUGAUCAACGAAACUGAUCUAGCUCGUCUGCCUUACGUCUGUGCAGUCAUAAACGAGACAUUGCGAAUGUAUACUCCAGGACCAUUGCUAAUGCCUCAUGAAUCGUCACAAGAUUGUACUGUAGGAGGUUACCGUGUUCCUAGAGGCACCAUGCUAAUAGUAAACAUGUGGGCAAUUCAAAAUGACCCUAAAAUCUGGGUUGAUCCUGAAAAAUUCAGGCCUGAAAGAUUUGAAGAUAAUGAAGGGAUGAGAGACGGGUUCAAAUUCCUUCCUUUUGGGACAGGGAGGAGAAGGUGCCCUGGGGAGGGCUUGGCCAUGUGCGUUAUUGGAUUGACGUUGGGAUCGCUAAUUCAAUGCUUCGAGUGGGAGAAGGCUAAUGAGGAGAUGGUAGACAUGAGGGAGAAAAGUGGAUUUCAGUUGGCAAAGGAUCGACCUUUACAUGUUAAAUGCAGAAUACGUCCAGGCAUGGCUGAGGUUCUUUCUCAAAUUUGAAUAUUAGUAGUUUUUUUUUAGCUGGAAAUAGCUAAUAAAACACUGCACCUGUAUGAACUUCUGCACAAUGAACACCAUCACUUUCUAAGAAAUAACUUCCCUUUGUAUAUCUGGCCUAUAAAAUGUAAAUAUGCUAUUAUCUGCUAGGAAUUUCAAAUUGGCAUCA